UACGUAUUUCCUACCAAAAGGCACGAGAAGACAAUGCUACCUUGAAAUUGUGACAUCAAUUAAGCUCUACAUUGCGAAAGAGGACUGAUCAAAAAGGAGAAGCAGAUUAUACCAGGGUUCAGUCGUCCAUUAUUGUUUUGCACGCACAAAGAUGGCGAAUUCGCAGGUACCCUUCGUACUACGAGCGGUAAUUUUGGUGGGGUUGUUGCACCCAGGAAUGUCCCAGACUUGCGGGGGGCGACUCUGCUCACCCACCCAGUAUUGCAACGAAGAGGGGACGUUAUGCCUGAGCAAGAAGGAUUUAGGGGACCCCUGCACUGGUGCUGGUCAGUGCCUCCCCAGCUACUCGGACUGCUUGGACCAGACAUGUCAAUGCCAGACUGAUUGGACAGAAGGCCCCGGAAAUCAAUGCGUCUUAGAUUGUUCGGACAGUACCUGCUCGAGGGGCACCUUCUGCAGCACUGAUUGGAGUCAUGGAUGUAUCCCCCAGAUUAAUCUUGGUCAGACUUGCAGCGAUACUGAAGAGAGCCCUCUUCAAUGUAGACCGGAUAAUGCGGUAUGUGAAAAUUCUCUUUGCAAAUGCGGCUCCGACUUUCUCGAGAAGAACGGGGCCUGCAUCCCCAAGUGCACCAGCUCAUCAGCCUGUCGACCUGAGAUUGAAUUCUGUGACAUUAACAGCGGCGAGUGCUUGCUGAAAAAACCAUUGGGGGCGGGCUGCACUGCAGCACAAGAAGAAUGUGCCACGCCCAACGCCACAUGCACGGGUGAUGUCUGCAGUUGCUUGGACGGCUUUUCAAAUUAUUUUAACACUGCUUGCGUCCCCAAAUGUCCAGCCACUGAGUGUCGUGUGGACGAGUAUUGUGACACUGGGAACGAGUACUGUGUCCGAAAGGCCAACCUACACGGACCCUGCAACAAUGCUGGCGGUUUGGUAGGCCAAUGUGCAGAUGAAAACGCUCUUUGCCAUGCCGUCGAGAGCACUUGCGAAUGUUCCCCCGGCUUCAUUGACAACAACAACCAAUGCGUUCCGACGUGUACGGACAACAACGGCUGUAGCGAAACGAAUCACUUCUGCAAUGCUGAGGAUCCUGAGGAAGGAUUUUGCGAGAUGAAGCGUCCUUUGGGGGGAACGUGUACCAAGGAAGGUGAAAGCCACGAGUGCAUGGAAGCCAGUGGUGAGCUAAACGUUAUUUGCAAAAAUGGGCGUUGUUCUUGCAAUAGUGAGCACUAUCAAAGUGGAGGCAACUGCAUUCUAAAAUGCUCCGCAAAUUCCAACUGCGACCCAACUCAAGAAUUCUGCAACGUCGAACAGGGCAGGUGCACUCCAAAGAUUGACCUAAAUGGAAUCUGUAACCCCACGCACCCAAGUUCCUGCCGAACUGAGAACGCAAUUUGUAGCGAAGUCACCAAUCGUUGCAGUUGCGUAGAUUCGCACGUUGAAGGCUCGGGGAUUUGUAUUCUAAAAUGCAGCGCAUCCAAUCCAAGAUGCGAAUCUGACCAAUUUUGCACUACUGGAGGGGCUUGCCAAACGAAGCCUAGCCUCAAUCAACCUUGCGAGUCGGGAGAAACAGCCCAACAAUGCCAGGACCCCAACGCAUCUUGUACCGAAGUAUCUGAAAAGUUAUCUUGUCUCUGCAAGGAUAGCCAUGCUGAAAACAAUGCGGUGUGUGUCGCCAGAUGCGAAAAUAGUUUACCAUGUGGAGACAUGUAUUGCGAUUCGAAUGGAGCCCCCAACAUUUGCAAACCGAAGGUGACCCUCGGUCAAGCCUGUCAAUAUGCAGAUCAGUGUGGGACUGAACAUGCCACGUGUGACUUGGAGGGCUCAAAGACAUGCCAAUGCUCCUCGCAGUACUACAACUACAACAACGGGCUGUGCCUCCCAAAGUGCACGAGGGACCAGGGCUGCCUCUCGAGCGACUACUGCACUGAGGAAGGGCGGUGCGAAAAGAAGAAACCGCUCGGUGCUGGGUGCACGGAUUCCAUUCAGUGCAAAACCCCAAGCGCCAUUUGCGACGCUACCUGCACAUGUCCUAAUACGCACUGGGAAGAAAGUAGCGUCUGCAUUCAGAAAUGCACCCAAAGUACAGUUUGCGACCCAGAGUCGCAAUACUGUGCCUUGAAUGCUAAAUGCUACCUCAAAGUUGGGUUUAACCAAAGCUGCACCCCUGGCGAUGAUGUCAAAGAACAAUGCGUCGGCAAACUGGUCUUUUGUUCCACCAUUCCGGACAGCAUCCGCCGGAAAUGCAUCUGUGCCGAAAAUGCGGAGAAAGAAGCAGCAGCGCUUGACUGUUCUUGUACGACCGAGUAUGUCGAGAGCCAGAACGCUCUGAGAUGUCUGAGGAAAGCCACCGAGUUAGAUCAACCGUGCGAGGAGUCCGCACAAUGCAAAGAUUUUGGGAGCGGCGACUCGGGUGCUAUUUGUUCCACAGGGCUUUGUUCCUGCCCAGCAAGGUUCAUCCCAGACGGAACAAAGCGAAGAUGUCUUUUGGUUGCAGAAAAUCUUGACGAGAGUUGCGAAAUUGACGAGCAAUGCGCUGAACUUGGUGGUACGGGCUCCGCUGCUUCGAAAUGCGUCGCAAAUAAGUGCUCCUGCCAAACAAGGUUUGUGCCAGACGGAUCGAAACAAAGAUGUCUCUCGGUUGCCGAAAAUCUUCAAGACGGUUGCGAAGUUGACGGACAAUGCGCUGGACUUGGUGGCACCGGCCCCGCAACUUCAAAAUGCGUCCAAAAUAAGUGCUCCUGCCCCAACGGGUUCCUUGACGGUUCGGACAGGGUGACCUGUCGAAAGGCGGCGGAGAAGCUGGAAGACCCGUGCGUGGAAAACUUGCAGUGCGAAGUUCUUGGAGAGCAAACCGAGUGCAAGGAAGCAAAAUGUCAAUGCAAAGCAGGGUUCAUGGCUGGCGAAGAUGCAAAACAGUGCGUCGUGGACAAUCGUAGCGGAGACGGUACGAGGUUGGGUCCAGUCAGUGCUUAUUUUGCCAUUUGCAUUGCAAUGGUUGCUAAAUACCUUAAUCUUUGAGUACAUAUGCCGUCAGCUAUUUAUUAUCCAUCCAGUAAUUUUUAAGCUUUAAAGUUUAAUAAAAAAUAUACCCUUAUCUUGUA